CAAGUUCGGAACACGAUUGAAAAAGACUAGGCCCAAGUGCAGAUCGCUAUAAUAUUGAGGAACGUGUAAACGCGUGUACACGUUGACAUCGGGUAGAGUGGCCACUGAUGAUGGGCCCCAUGAUGAGCUUGUUGGUCCACCACUGCGUCUUAUAACUGCAAAUCAACGAUGUCUGCUAAUGCUCACGAUGGCCUUUGUCCGCCGCUAACCAGCGCUAGUAGCCUAUGCUCGACGAACGGAGAUGAAAUCCGAGUUGGUGGCGUGGUAAACGGUGGGAAGCCUGUACCACCUGGACUCACUGGCAGUCGCAGCACUUCCCGUACUCGUCGUAUGUCGUAUUGAACGAUGACCACAAUCUUUUCCUCGUCGUGUUGCUCGGUCCGGGUGAUUUUUCUCUUUCUGUCUUUUUCCGUGUCUCUACCCUCGAUAUUCGCACAACCCGCAACACUUCCAUUCUAUGACUGUUUCUCGGGGGAUGCAUCCCAGAAACUUUCGGUUGACACGGUGUACUCGCAGAUAAUCAAUGGACAGACGCUAAAUAUCACAAUUUUGGGGAACGCCUCCCAGCAGAUCGUCGAUUCCUCAGCUAAUAGCACCAGCCUCUCUACCCUCUUCACGGAAGCUACGACACUUACCAUGAAUACCUUCAGUAAUAAUUCUGAGCUAUGCGACUCAUUACGACCACCUUCUCCUCUGCAAUCCCUUGGCACAAAUACCACAUAUUGCCCCAUCCCUGCUGGGCCAUUUGCCCUUUCCGCAUCCAUACCAUUCAAUACCAGGAAUUCCCUCACAACUAUGAACACUGAACUUCGCGCUGUCGACCCUUCUGGAAAUGAGAUAUUGUGCCUUAGUGUCGCAACCACGCCGCUUCAUCCAGGACCACUCGGUUCGCCGUACGGCAAUGCCCACAUCAUAUUUUGGGCAACAGUUGGUCUUGCGGCAAUAUAUUGGUUCAUCGUCGGUAUUGCUCGGAUCAUAUCUGCUUGGGGUCGCGGAUUUAAUAGACCGGGUCCGGGCAUCUGGCACCGGUUUGAGAGUAUUGGUUUCAUUCUUGCUAGUGCCAUCAGUGGUGAGCGCUUUUCAACAUCCCCUGCGUUGAUGAGAUUUUGCUCCCCAUCCUUGCGUGAUGUCAUCUUUCACACGCAAUGGUGUGCAGCCCUAGCUAUGGUUGCUGUCCAGUGGCCUCCCUUCAUUUAUCCCCUACUUUCGCAAACUGCCUGGGCAUCGCUGACGUACAAUAUUACGUUGAAAGGAGAUGCUACGCAUUGGAACCCGCUAAAUGUCCUACCGUAUAACCCACCAUCAGAUUUUGCCGAUCAGUUGGGGGAUCCCUCUUCUGUUAUCUACAUUAACCAGUCGAUCCCGAACACAAUUUUCCUACUUCCACCCAACACUACAACUGGGAUGCAAUCCUUUGCAUGGAGUGUUGGAGUGCGACCACAAGAUCUCUUUGCGAUUUGCUUGUCCCUGUUCUUGGCGAUUAUAGCUGGGAUAAUCCUGCUUAGUCUCUUCGUAUGGAUGGUAGAUUGGGUGUUUUCACGGCGGCCGUCCGGCAAUUUACCCACUUCUGCUGCACUCACAAGCGCAACAAACAAAGGUCAACGACGGCUUUCGGCGAGCAGUAAGGAUAUGCUCGACACAAGUGGAGAUGAGAGCAGAUCAUCAACCGGCUUUGCCCACAAUUACACCUUCUUCAGGAGACGUUGGUUCCGACCGGAAGUCAGCUCUUUUCACUCCAGCGUGCUCAUAGGAAACCUUGUGCGCGUUCUAAUCCUUUUUCACUUACCCGUCACCAUAUUCUCGUGCUAUGAAUUUUCAACAGGCAGCUCAGCGUCUUCAUCAGCACUUGGCGCCCUCUCAUUCGCCCUCUUCUCUGUGAUCGCUCCCACUCUUAUACUCCUGCGGCUAGCCCGGACGCCAACAACCAAAUUAUACGAUGAAACACGGACUCUUCUCGCAUUAGGACCACUCUACAAUCACUACCGUCAGAACUCGCAGCUUUUCUCAGGCUUGCUUUUCCUAUCUAACCUCGUCCUCGGGGUGGCCAUAGGAUGUGGGCAGCAUAGUGGAACAGCACAAGCGAUCAUAAUUUUGGUGACGGAAGUUGUUAGCGCUUUGGUCACCAGCGUAUGGUUACCGUGGGGUGCAGGAGCUGGUAUGGGCCUCAUCAGCUUCUUAUUCUGCGUUGCACGCAUUGUAGUUGCUGUACUGCUAGUGAUUUUGACACCAACGAUUUCAAUUGGCGCCGGCCCCGGCGGUUGGGUGGCCUAUGGCAUACUGAUCGUCCUUUGCCUCGUCUAUCUUGCGUUGUUCUUGAUUCUUGUUAUCAAAUUCAUUGAAGCAGUCGUGCGCAUUUUGGGUGGAGUAGGCUUCGAUCGCUCCAGACGGCCAGUCGAUAGCGGUUUGGUCGGCGUGCUUUCCCUUCUCGGAUGUUGCGGGCCACGUAGAAGCAGUCGCGAACGAAGACACUACAAAGCCACAGAAGUUCGACAUUCACCCGUUGCCCGAGACUCGUUCACUGCACAGGACUCAUCUUCCUAUGCACCACCCAAUGCGUCUUUCGCACAGAAAGUCAAAGGUUCCGGCUCCUCGCACCAUUCCGGUGGUCCCCCACCAUCGGUAUUGCGACCCGAGCACGCCCUGCAGCCAUACAGAGAAGACAGCGAUGAGGAUGCAGAAAGUGGUUAUAUCAUGGGCGCAUGGCAGCCGUUCCCAGGUCCAGGUCCCCGCGGUUCAUACGACCGCGCAUCAACCAGCACCCCUCCCCAAAAUUCAGGCUUCUCCCGCAUCGGUGGCGGUCGCGCCCACUAUGACUCACCGUACGCGAUUGCCGGCGAGCCAGGGGGGAGUUCAACCUUUACGUUUCCUAGCAUAGAACGCAAAGGCAGUGGGCCAGCAUCUGGUGGGACACCGACGAAGACGAUUUAUGACAGUGAAGAACUUCCUACUCCAACUGCUUCCAUGGCAAAUGUCGCGCGUCUUCCCGCGUUUACGAACUCUGGGCUUCCUGCGGGCGCAAUGAUGCCACACAUGCGCACGAAGAGUCAAACAGCGAUUAUUAUUGGAGAUAUUGCUGCAUUGAGUGCAACGCCUGCAAAUGCUCCUCCUCCACAGGAGGAGCACCCAUCGAUGGCGACCAAGACGAAUAGUGGGGAAUCGAGCACUAGCGAUCCUGACCAGCCAAAGAAGAGGCACUGGUAUAAUAUUCGAAGGAAUCGCAGGCAUAGUGAGGGGGAUCGGUUGGAUAGUGGUGUGAGUGAGGUGGAGCCUGAGGGUGGUUCAUCCCCCAAGGACCCUGGAAAGUCGUUCGUCGUUAUUCGAGCACGAAAACCUCAGUCAUCGCAACCCGAUACCCACCCACAAACUCACAAAGUUAGGUACUCGAUGGACGAAACUGGAGGACCUUCCUCACCGGCGAAAUCUCGGAAGCCAUGAAUUGAUAUUAUAACACUCCCUUUACGCUCUCUUGCCUUGUCCUGCUUUGUAUCUACCAUCCUGGGAUUCUUAGAGUAAGCAACAUCUCUUGCAUGUGUAAUAUUUACUGCACUCCGUUGUCUGGACUAGACUCUUGCUUCACACCGU